AGCCCAUCCCUGCUCUUUCCUCAUGGCAGCGAGACGGCUUAGACUCAGAUGAGGCUCGCCUUUCCCCGCAGGCAGGCCGCUUAAUUCGGCAGCUUCUGGAUGAGGACAGCGAUCCUAUGCUGUCCCCUCGCUUCUACGCCUACGGACACAGCCAGCAGUACCUGGAUGAUACAGAAGUGCCUCCUUCCCCUCCCAAUUCCCACUCCUUCAUGAGGAGGCGGAGUUCAUCUCUGGGAUCUUAUGAAGAUGACAGAGAGGAUCUUACCCCUGCACAACUCACCCGGAGGAUUCAGGGACUGAAGAAAAAGAUCAGGAGAUUUGAGGACAAGUUCGAAGAGGAGAGGAAAUACCGACCUUCCCACAGCGACAAAGCGGCCAACCCUGAAGUGCUCAAAUGGACAAAUGACUUGGCCAAAUUCCGAAAACAACUUAAAGAGUCAAAACUGAAAAUAUCAGAGGAAGACCUUGGCCCCGUUGUGCGUCAGCGGAGCAACACGCUCCCCAAGAGCUUCGGCUCUCAGCUUGAAAAGGAGGAUGACAAGAAGCAAGACCUGUCAGACAAAUCUGCCAAGCCUGCCGUGGAAGCCACCCUUGAUUCUAUCCAGAAGAAGCUUCAAGAAAAACGGUCAGAGACAAACCGACCUGAAGAUAUUAAGGACAUGACAAGGGAUCAGAUAGCAGCUGAAAAAGUGUCUCUUCAGAAAGCUUUGCUGUAUUACGAAAGCAUUCAUGGCAGACCGGUUACCAAAAAUGAACGACAGGUGAUGAAGCCAUUGUAUGACAGGUAUCGCUUGGUCAAGCAGAUCCUCUCCAGAGCCAACACCAUCCCUAUCAUUGGUUCCCCCUCCAGCAAGCGGAGAAGCCCUUUGCUGCAGCCAAUUAUCGAGGGCGAAACAGCUUCCUUCUUCAAGGAGAUAAAGGAGGAAGAGGAGGGGUCUGAGGAGGACAGCAGUGUGAAGCCAGAUUUGACAAUUACCAUGAAAACAGAUUUCAACGUGCGCAGCUUUUUGGAUCAACUAGAAGAUGAUGCUGAUGGCUUUGUUUCCCCAGUGGACGAUAAGAUGCCAUCUAGGAGCAAUCAAGAUAUGGGGCUUUCGAAUCUCCAUGAAGCAUCCAUCCCUGAACUCUUAGAGCAGCUCCAAGAAGUCAGGGAAGAGAAAAAGAGAAUCCGAAAAAAAUUGAGAGACUUUGAAGAUAAUUUUUUCCGACAAAAUGGAAGGAAUGUGCAGAAGGAAGACCGCACUCCUAUGGCUGAAGAAUACAAUGAAUACAAGCAGGUUAAGGCCAAGUUGAGGCUGCUGGAGGUCCUCAUCAGUAAAAGAGAUAUUAACUCCAAGAUCAUGUAA